CCAGAACUCAUCAGCAUCUUCUUUCUCGUUGUCAACUCUACUUCUCAAGUUCUCAUAUUCCCAUUUUCAACCUCUCUUCUUCGAAUCUCUCCUGCAACAAACUCAAAUUCAAUUCCAUUUUCAAUCUUCAUAAAAUUGUAAACAAGAUAGAAAUUCGAUUUGUUUUGAUGAUUAUUUCAUAGAAAAAAGUAAUGGAAAUUGACGGAGGAGAAAUGAUGGCGGGAAAUGAUCGGAGAGCAGGAGCACUGGGAGAUCUUAGAGUUCUUCCUGAUGAAGUAAUUUGUGCCGUUAUUAGCUUUCUAUCUCCUCCCGAUUUCGGUCGACUCUCUUGUGUUAGCAGUGUAAUGUACAUAUUCUGCAAUGAAGAACCUCUCUGGAUGAGUCUGUGCCUAAAAACUGCAAGUGGUCUCCUUGAAUAUAAAGGUUCAUGGAAGAAAACAGCACUUCAACUGGAUAAUGCACAUGGAAAUGAAGAUUCUCUCAGGAAGCCGUUACAUUUUGAUGGAUUUUACUCAUUGUUCUUGUACAAGAGGUGGUACCGGUGCUUUACCUCAUUGGGUGGGUUUUCUGUGGAUAAUGGAAACGUGGAAAGAAAAAAUAACCUUUCUAUGGAGGAUUUUCUCAACAAGUAUGAUGGAAAGAAGCCGGUUUUGGUUGCUGGUUUAGCUGAUACUUGGCCAGCAAGAGAGAAAUGGACCUUGGACCAAUUAUUGCUUAAUUACGGAGAUACAAUUUUCAGACUUUCCCAACGGAGUCCUAAUAAAAUCAAGAUGAAAUUGAAGGAUUAUGUCUCAUACAUUAAACUUCAACAUGAUGAGGAUCCCCUUUAUAUUUUUGAUGAAAAGUUUGGUGAAGUGACACCAGGUCUUCUGAAGGAGUAUACUGUGCCUCAUCUAUUUCAAGAAGAUUUAUUUGAUGUUUUGAACCCAGAUCAACGCCCACCAUUCAGGUGGCUCAUUGUAGGACCAGAGAGGUCUGGAGCUUCCUGGCAUGUCGAUCCAGCUCUUACUAGUGCUUGGAACACUCUUCUAUGUGGUCGUAAAAGGUGGGCAUUGUAUCCCCCGGGUAAAGUACCUUUAGGUGUCACUGUGCAUGUUAAUGAAGAGGACGGCGAUGUGAAUGUCGAGACCCCGUCAUCUUUGCAGUGGUGGCUUGAAUUUUAUCCUCUUCUUCCUGAUGAAGACAAGCCUUUUGAGUGUACUCAACUGCCCGGUGAAACAAUAUUUGUUCCCAGUGGAUGGUGGCAUUGCGUGCUGAACCUGGAGCCUACUGUUGCAGUUACACAAAAUUUUGUCAACUCCACAAAUUUUGAGUAUGUAUGUCUGGAUUUGGCUCCGGGCUACCGACAUAAAGGAGUUUGCCGUGCUGGAUUCCUUGCUCUUGGAGAUGGAGAAUUUGACGGUGUGGAUGAGGUUUCAUCCUGUGGUAAAAGUUGUUCUAAUUCAAGGGAUGUGUCAAGGAAAGAAAAACGAACAAAGUCAGAUCAUAUGUGCCACGAAAGUGCUAAAAAUGAUGCUGCAAAAUGUUGUGAUGUCUGGAAUCAUGAGCUUCCGUAUGAUAUUAAUUUCUUAUCAAAGUUUUUGGAUGAACAUCGGGAUCAUUACAACUCAACGUGGAGCUCUUCCAACUGCAUUGGACAGAGAGAGAUGAGAGAAUGGUUGUGGAGGCUUUGGAUAGGAAAACCAGGAAUGAGAGACUUGAUAUGGAAGGGAGCGUGUCUUGCCGUAAAUGCAGGGGAAUGGUUGGACUGCGUCGAUCAGGUUUGCAGGUAUCAUAAUUUGUCUUCUCCCAGCGAUGAUGAAAAGUUGCCUGUUGGCACAGGCAGCAAUCCUGUUUAUUUGAUUUCAGAGAAUGUAAUUAAAAUCUAUGUUGAAGGAGGGCUGGAAGCUUCACUUUAUAGUUUGGGCACUGAGCUUGAGUUUUACAACCUACUAUUGCAAGUGAAAUCCCCUUUGAAGGAUCAUGUUCCUGAUGUCUUGGCCAGUGGUUUCAUUUCUCUUGAAAAUGGAUCUUACACUAUAGUACCUUGGGACGGUAAAGAAGUGCCACAUGUGAUAGCUGACCACAAUUCGAUUAGCGGGGACUGCAAAGGUUAUGGCAAUUCUUUUGGUUUAUGGCGCAAAAAAUUGUUUGAUUACAAAACGGCAGGAUUUCCUGCUUCUGAAGUUAGUAAUGUGUCUGGAAACAAGAGAAUCUGGCCUUACAUUGUGACAAAGAAAUGCAGAGGGAAAAUCUUCGCUGAGCUACAGGACUCGAUGUCUUGGGAAAAUGCCCUGGAUUUGGCUUCCUUCUUGGGGGAGCAGCUACAUAACCUUCAUAUAUUACCCCUUCCUCAGCUUGACAACUUAAGUUUAGAAAGCAUUAGAAAAGAACUUGACUUGGCUCCCAGAACUGAUCUUAUGGCAAAUGGCUCUCUUGAUUCUGGUGGUGCUGCAGUCUGGGAGUUAUUUAUACACAGCCUAAUUAGAAAAAAGGAUGUUGUGAGUCACCUCAAAAAAUGGGGAAACCCUAUACCAGAUGGCCUCAUUGAGAAUGUUGUUGGAUACCUUCCCGAUGAUAUUAAUAAGUUACUUUCUGUAUUUGAGGGAGAAAGAUGUUCUUGGAUACAUUCAGACAUCAUGGAUGACAACUUAUAUUUAGAGCCUCUCCAUUGCCAUGACCAUUCAGACAAUGCAUCUGGAAAUGGCAGCAUGAAGAAUGGAGAAGCACAGUUGUGGAGACCUUCUCACAUUCUUGACUUCGGCAAUCUAUCUAUGGGUGAUCCAAUUCUCGACUUGAUCCCUAUUCACCUUGAUAUCUUUAAAGGAGAACCACGCUUGCUUAAGCAGCUACUAUCAAGAUAUAAGCUUCCAUUUCUCAAAAAGAACUCGGAAAACAAUCUGACAGAAGAGGUCAUGAAGUUUCAGCGGGCCUCUUACCGUGCAAUGUGUUACUGUAUUCUGCACGAGGAUAAUAUUCUGGGUGCUAUUUUUAGCCUUUGGGAGGACUUGAGGAACGCCAACUCUUGGGAAGAAAUUGAGGAAAAGGUUUGGGGAAUUCUGAACGAGUGUACGGAUUUGUCUUAGCUCCUCCUCCUUUAUCGCGUGUUUUCCAAAUUUUAGACCCCUCGUUGAUACGCACUUUCAGGCCUUUCAUAGUUUCACCAUUCAUGGCUGUAUUUCGGUUAUAUCUUUUAACCAUUCUUUGUAAUUUCUUUUCUUAAGCAAUAAUUUUAUUUGUUCACACUUACCUGUAAAAUUUUGUACAAGUGACUUUGCUAGUUUGCUCACUGAUGAGUGAUGCCUGUAAUUUUUUACAUGUAAAAGUUGUUUACACUACUAAUAAAUAACACAGUAUGCCGUAUAGUCGGAGUAUUACAAGAUUGA